GCCGAGCCGCGAUGAAGAGCUUCUCGCAGUGAAAGGAAAAUAGGUCGCACCCGGUUAAAAAUGCCUUUGAGGGACAAAUACUGUCAGACCGACCACCACCAUCACGGAUGCUGCGAGCCAGUUUAUGUCCUGGAGCCUGGAGAUCCUCCCUUGUUACAGCAACCACUACAGACAUCCAAAUCUGGUAUCCAACAAAUAAUUGAGUGCUUUCGAUCAGGAACCAAACAACUUAAACAUAUUUUAUUAAAAGACGUGGACACUAUUUUUGAAUGUAAAUUAUGCCGUAGUCUCUUUAGAGGAUUACCAAAUUUAAUUACUCAUAAGAAAUUUUACUGCCCACCAAGUCUCCAAAUGGAUGACAAUCUUCCUGAUGUAAACGAUAAACAAAGCCAAGCCAUAAGUGAUCUCCUAGAAGCCAUAUACCCAAGAGUGGACAAGAGAGAGUACAUUAUUAAGCUAGAGCCCAUAGAAGCCAAUCAGAACGCAGUGUUUCAGUAUAUCUCAAGGACUGAUAACCCUGCUGAAGUCACAGAGCCAAGCAGUACUCCUGAACAAAGCGAAGUACAGGAGACAAGCGAACAGCCCAGCGCAGUCCCAGAUCCAGAUCCAGAGGUGGUGGAGGCUGUGGAGCCGCCUCCUGCAGAGACUGCCGCUGCAGACGAAGCUGCCCCUCCCACCGAGGAGCAACCUCAGGAAUCACAGGCUGACGUGGAGACCUCGGACAGCUCUGACCUUGGUCACCAGUUGAUCUGUUGUCUUUGUAGAAAAGAGUUCAAUUCUAGACGAGGUGUCCGCCGUCACAUUCGAAAAGUACACAAGAAAAAGAUGGAAGAACUAAAAAAAUACAUUGAAACACGCAAGGCUCCAAACCAGUCUUCAAAAGGACGCAGUAAGAAUGUUCUAGUUUCAUUAAGUAGGAGUUGCCCAGUUUGUUGUAAAUCAUUUGCUACAAAGGCAAAUGUAAGGAGGCAUUUUGAUGAAGUUCACAGAGGACUGAGGAGGGAUUCAAUUACCCCUGACAUAGCCACGAAGCCUGGGCAGCCUUUGUUCCUGGAUUCUGCUUCUCCUAAAAAAUCUUUCAAGACUCGAAAACAAAAGUCUUCAAAAGCCGAAUACAAUUUAACUGCAUGCAAAUGCCUCCUUUGCAAGAGGAAAUAUAGUUCACAGAUAAUGCUUAAGAGACAUAUGCAGAUUGUCCACAAGAUAACUCUGUCUGGAGCAAACCCUAAAAGAGAGAAAGGCCCUAAUAAUACUGCCAGCAGUUCAGAAGUGAAAGUUACAGUUGAGCAAGCAGAUUGUGUAGCGUCUUCAACCCCUUCCAUUACCCAUUCUCCACAGAGUGAACUAAAGGGAACAAAUCAUUCAAAUGAAAAAAAGAACCCACCGGCAACACAGAAAAACAAAGUUAAGCAGGACUCCGAGAGCUCUAAAUCAGCUAGUCCUUUGGCUGCGGGUGGCCAGCAAAAAACCAGGAAACCAAAACUGUCAGCUGGCUUUGACUUUAAGCAACUUUACUGUAAACUCUGUAAACGCCAGUUUACUUCCAAGCAGAACUUGACUAAACACAUUGAGUUGCACACAGAUGGAAAUAACAUUUAUGUUAAAUUCUACAAGUGUCCUCUCUGCACUUAUGAAACUCGUCGGAAACGUGAUGUGAUAAGACAUAUCACCGUGGUUCAUAAAAAGUCAUCUCGCUACCUUGGGAAAAUAACAGCCAGUUUAGAGAUCAGAGCUAUAAAAAAGCCUAUAGAUUUUGUUCUAAACAAAGUGGCAAAAAGAGGCCCUUCAAGGGACGAAGCAAAACAGAACGAUUCAAGACAGGACGGCACUUCCAAUUCUCCUAGUAAAAAGUAUGACGUAGCUGACGUCGGUAUUGAAGUGAAAGUCACAAAAAACUUUUCUCUUCACAGAUGCAAUAAAUGUGGAAAGGCAUUUGCCAAAAAGACUUAUCUUGAACAUCAUAAGAAAACUCAUAAGGCAAAUACUACCAAUUCACCUGAAGGAAACAAAACCAAAGGCCGAAGUACACGAUCUAAGGCUCUUGUCUGGUGAGGAACAGUUACACAGCUUUGUUCCCCUCCCCUCAUCAAACUACACACAGUCAUUUGGCCGUAAUUUAUAGUCGGUUCCAUCUUAACAUACAUUUUCUUCCAUAAGUCAUACAGUAGUAGGAAUGGCAGGAGGGAUAGUUACUGCUUUUAUCUCUCAGGGACCUUUAUUCUAGUAGCUUGGGAACAAAGUUGAUUUCAGAACUUAUCUUCCACUAUAGCUUAGGUAGAUGACACAGGGCCAGGGCUUUUGUUUUAAUGCUGCAAAUAUAUCCAUUUAUAUUUCGGUCUAUGUUUACAUAGAAAUUUUGUGUUUAACUUGCACAGGUUUAAUUUGACAUAGCUAUUAAUUUUAUUUAGUCUACUAAUCCUAAUCCAUUGUAAGAAAGUUAACUAUAUUAGAAUGAAUUUAUGAAGGAGAUAAUUAUAGGAAAAACAUUUUAAGGCUCUGUACUAAUUGUAAAAAUUUGUAAUGCUUAAAUAAAGUAUAGCAUCUAGGGAAAACAUAUCCCAGAUGGAGUUUAGAAGAAUUAACAUUUAUUAAUUACUGUUUCCACACACUGCUUCCAGGGGAAGGGGGAAGCUAGUAAACAAAAGUUUGAAUUUUUUUCUUCUUUUUGGGAGUAUGUGUUGGUGAGUUUUUAAGUUUUGAUCUAUAAGGGAAAGAUUUUUUUUAGGUGCAUAUAUUUUUGUUUCCCUUUCUGUUUAAUAAACUUAUAAGUGAUCAUUUCAAUGUAGUUAGUAUUAUUCAGUAGUGAGGUGUGUG